CGCGAUCUUGUGUCUAGUUUCUAACUGUAAUGCAACCAUAUUUUCAGUUUUUCAAAAUUAGUUUGAAUGCCUAAUCGACAGCAAGACCAAGAAGGAAAUUUAUUCUCAUCACCAAGAAAUUUAUAAGAAUAAAAGUAGAAAUAUGUCGUGUAGUGUUGUGACGCGAUCGGUUUCAUACAUUUAGUAUGGUACUUAUGUGUCGCGAUGUGUCCACACCGUUCUCACUGUAUUCUGUAACCAUACUUAUUAUAUGAAACAGAUAGUUCUCUGAUGCGUCACAAGUCACAACACAACACCGUUGACUUAAAUUUUAAGGCGACCAAAAGUCAUGGCCGUUUGCCCCUUAGUCGUUCAGCCCCCCAUAGAGGACCCAGGUACGGUGGGAGUACUUCACAAGGUGCAAGGUCAAGGUCAAAGGCCCCUUAUGCUUUUCGUUCUCGAGUAAAUCCAAAAGUCCCCGCUUGGGUAGAAUCCCUACUAUUAGAUUUCUGUGGGAUUCUCAAGCUAUUAGUAGGUAUGUCAAAGUAGUAUGAAUAGGUAUUUCAUUUCCUUCAAAAAUUACUAUGUUCUUCUGUCACAAAGACAACCAGAAUUCAUUCAUCCGAGUGACACAUCCAUAUUUCCCAAACAUGGCAUCAGUAUAAAAGAAAAUCACAAAAUACAUAAAUCUGUUUCGUCAAAAUUUACAGUUAAGUUAUAGUUACCUACCAAACAAUUGACAGCAAUGGCAACAUUUACCAUACAGCACAUAUUUUCCUUGGCAUGCCGAGACAGGUGCAUUGCGAAGAUGAGAACUUUGAUACCUCUACCAACGCAGGGGCCGCCACCCAAGGACACAGCUGCAGUGCUAGUGCCACUUUGCCGAGUCAAUGGCAUUCCCUCAUUGUUGUACGCAAUGCGCUCCAACCACUUGGGUAUGAAUACUGGCCUUGUUUCCUUUCCCGGAGGCAAAUCUGACCCAAAGGAAACUGCUGUACAAGCCGCCUUGAGGGAGACAUACGAGCAAUUAGGGAUUGCACCUGACAAAAUCAACGUUUGGGGACAAGGCCCUGCUAUACCCAGUCGCAACAGCGAAUACAUGAUUACCCCUGUGAUCGGCGUCAUACCAGAAUUAAAAUCUUCGGACAUGAAUAUAAACAUCCUCAAAGUCGCAGAAGCGUUCACUGUACCUGUAGAGAUUCUAUGCAAUCCUAAAAACCAGUACUACACUCAAUAUAGCAACGGGUUGAUUUUACCAGUAUUUAUCGCUGAUGAAUACAAGAUUUGGGGCAUUACUGCUUAUAUCACCCACACCUUUUUAACUUGCGCUCUUUCUAAAGAAGUUUAUCAAAACGAGUGGCUUAAACAGAAGAUAGACCUCAAUACAUCCUCGUCAUGAAACAUUUAUGGUGGAAAUACAUAUUGCAAACAGUUUUAUUAAAUUAAUGUUCAUGAGUAUAAAUACAUUGUGGAUUCUAAUAAAAAUAAAAAGUCCACGGUUUCAUUUAUAAAUUUAUUGGUAGAAAGAUUUACAAAAGCUAUUUUAUAUUUUUCGAUUAUCACAUUUUGAGCAAUCAAACAUUUUAAAUACGAUAUAGUACUUAACUAUAAAAAAAAACAACGGACAUGUGCUGUUGCGAUAGAAGUGAAACACAAAAAAUUAAACACGUAAAAGUCCUUCAUGACUAGGUACGUCUUAACAAACGAGACGAGAGAGAGUUGAAUUUUAACACCUGAGUUAAAAUUCAAUUCUCUAGGUCAAAAUUAAAUAUUUUAUACUUAAAUUGUUUCGAAAAAUGAAUAAAUGAAACAUUAAUAUACUAUUUCAUUUAUGUUUAAAAUUUUCUCAAACAAAAAUAAGCUUUAUUACCGACUUAGACACCAAGUUUCAUAAAUGUAUUUGCGAUCUCACGCUCCAUCCAAGGAAUUUUUAAUAAACUAUUUUAAAGAUUAGAUAAUAUUUAAAGCACGCAUGCUUAUAUGCUAGUAUUGCUACAAAAGCACUGCCGUAAUCGUAAUAAGAAAAUGCAUAAUUUUUCGAUAGGUGGCGGCACUAAAACGAAAUGAAAAAACAAAAAUUUACGUAUUGUACAAAGAUUAGAUUGAAGCUAUGUAGCGAUUAACGAGUAAGAAAUAAACUGUAAUAAUAUCAGACGAUAUCUAUUAAAUAAAUAUUGUACAACAUCAUAUACAUACUAUUACUAUACAAAAUUAGUUAAUUGAAGCUUUUGUAUUAAGGGAAUCAGAAAAAACUACAAUACACGCGGGUGUUUGCGACAACCGCUGCAUGUGCGCGCGGGUCACGAUCACUCGAAGACUCGGCCGGUUUCGCCUGAUCUGCCGCUUUUUUUAUAAGUGUGUAUGCACACCUGUGUGUAUGCUGUUGGUCGACCUCUACAGCGUCACCGAGUUUGGGGACGGCGAGAUCCUAAGGUCCCUCAAGCCGAGAAUUGGCGAAUGCCUCUAGAGGUAUUCCAGGCGGAUUGCAUCUCCCCACGGGGGGAGCGACUUUUCCGUCUGGAGCCUCUAGCUAGAUCACUCGAACCCAUGGAGCACCCCCAGAGUCCGCAUCACACAAAUUUUGUUUGGAAUCAAAAUCACCAAAGUCGGUGGCGUGCAGGGCGGUCAGCCCCGUUGUGAUUGGACGCGUCAA